UCCUAUCAGCAGUAGGCGCGCUUGUUUCGUUUGGUGCCCUAGGAAUGCCACCAGUACCUGUGCAGCUGUAACUGAUAGACAGAUUUUUGGAAACCAGAGGCCAGGGAGCUGGAAUUACACUGUCACUAUGGAGAAGCAGGAUGAACUUCUGAAAGAAGCUGAAAAUCUGGCACGGUAUAUGUCAACCUACCAACAUGUCCUUCCCCCAGACAUUCACUCCAACACACACACAUCCGAGGAUGCCAAGGAACAACUCUUGCAGCAGUGUGAAGACACAUGGAAUCAAAUGGAAGAGUGCCAAAACCAGCUAGCUCUCCUUGGGACAGAGGCGCUACCUGAAUCAAAUGUGCAGCUUUAUUUGAUGAUGAUGAAAGUAAAAGCAUUGACAGCUGAAUAUAAUCAGUGGCUGAAGAGAUCACCUGAGAUAAUCUCCAACAACCAGGAUAUUCUGCUCGCUGCUGGAAAAGAAGAGCUGCAGAAAGUUGAUCGAGAUCUUGAGAUGAUACUUUCUUCGGUUGAAGCCAAGAACAAAAAGUUAAAGGAAGACCUAGAAAAAGAACAAUGCUGGUUGGCUGGUCAACAGCAGUUAGUGGAUGCGCUCACUGCUAGACAAGAGGAAUUGAAAAAUCAAGUGGUUGAUUUUUCAGAGAAAAGGGUAUUCCAAGAACUUGCGAGUAAACUUGUGAAAGUGAGAGCAUACAAGGAGGAACUCUUAAUAGCAUUGGGGGACUUUCUAGAGGAACAUUUUCCACUCCCAGAUCAGCAUGAAGUGAGCAGUAAAAAGAAAAAGGGUGUAUCCAAAGAGCCUGCAGUGCAGUGGCUUACAAUGCAUGAAAUCCUUGAGAUCCUUAUCAACAAACUGAUGACAACGCCACAUGACCCUUAUGUUAUAGCUGACCAGCAAUACUGGCCUCCUUAUAUUGAAAUGCUGCUGAGAUAUGGGAUUGCUCUGAGACACCCAGAGGAUUCGAGAAGAAUACGGUUGGAAGCAUUCCACCAAUGAGCUCAUGUAUUGCAAUGAACAAUGGGAUAUAAGUCUUCCAGAAAGAUCACAUUAAGAAACAUAUUCCAUUUUUUUUUUUAUAACAAGAAAACUAUUGUUAAUGAAACAAGUAUAAGAAAACAUUUCUGUACUGGUGUUUUUCACAUAUUAACGAACCUAUGUUUGAAUAGACUGUCUGUGUCGCAGUGACCUGAAGCCACUUCUUAUGUUUAAUAAAAAAAGAGACAGACUACCUCUUACAUCAUAUAAGGUGAAUAAGUAUAGUGGGGGUUUUGUGUUCCUGAAUUGGAGCUUCUCAAAGUUUUUUCCAAUAUAUAUUUUCAUUGGAUCUUGAUACCAAUAUUCCGCAGUAGUAGACGCUACAUUUUGUUAUUGUACAUUAUUACAAUACAAUAUAAAACUCAUCUUCUAUUUGUUAGUAGUUUAUGUAUUUAUGUUAUGCAGAAAAUAAAUAUGCUGAGAUAAAACGGAGUGUAUUUUGGAGAUUGCAAAUUUAAAAUUAUCACCGUCCUAAACUCCAACAUCUUCUGUUUUUAAUCAUUUUAAAAAGCAAAAAUAUAAAUGAAUGCUGCAUUGUUUAAAUUCUGAUUGCACUUUUAAAAUAUGAUUAUAUUUGAACCUGCACAAUAAAUGUAAUAGAAUUAUGA